UAUUUGAGCAACACCAAGAAACUGUUUCUAUUCAAGCUACAAAGCUUCAAGACAUGUAUAAUAAUUUAAACACAACAUUUCAAGAAACAUCUGAACACUCUCACAAGCCACUUUCAGAAAUAAUUAAUCCAAAAAAUAAAUCAAUUAAGAAUUCAACUCGAUAUUCUACAUUACAUUCUACUUUGUGGAAUUCGAUUCAUCACAAGAUAAACGGUUAUCAAAAUUCUGAAAAUAUAGAUGAAACCUCCUUCAAGUUUAACUUAGAAAAACCACCAGGCGAUCGUUAUAAAUAG